AAAGAGACCAAAUGUUGACAAAUAUUGUGUCACUGUUUUAAGAAGAAACACCUCUCUCUCUCUCUCUCUCUCUCUCUCUCGUUUGUGUGGAGAUUUCUUAUCUGGGAUCUCGCUUUCUCUCUCUCCAAAAACACAAUUUUUUAUAAAAUCUAUACAUUCACUUCUCUGUAUCUAUAACUUCUUCUUCACCUUUCUUUCAUCACACACACUGGCCCCAGCUGAUCGAAAUCUACUUCAUUUUUUCUUCAUCUAUCGCUCCACGAUCUAAGCUCGAACUGCUGUUUCAAUCUACCCACUUUAUUCUCUCUCUUUUUUUUUUAUUAUUCUCAAUUAUUACUUUAUUUUUAUUUUUGGCUUCUGGAUAUACUGUUUAAUCAUUCAACUUAUGUAGAUGAUUCAUCAACACAGGCUGGUUUAUGAUGUGGAUCUGAGCAGGAAUGGGAACCAAAGUGCACUGUAAAAGCCACACGCCGGGAUAUUACUCCAUGACAGAUAUGAAUGAGGAUUCAAAUAGUAGCAGUUGGUCCCCAUAUUACGGGGAUAAAAAUUUGCUGAAUGGGCAGUACUAUAAUGGCAUGUUGCAGAAGACGGUAAGAGAUGAAUAUACAGGAUAUGAGAAGGAUGUAUUAAGACAGAAGAUGAUUGAGCAUGACAUGAUAUUCAAAAAUCAGGUAUAUGAACUUCACCGCCUAUAUAAAGUGCAAAGGGAAAUGAUGGAAGAAGCCAAAAGGAAGGAACUAUAUAAGCAGCAGAGAUCAAUUGAGACGUCAUCGUCAUCAAGCUUCUUACCAUCUCAAAUUCCAUCCGAUGAAGUUAGGAAAUGGCAGUCACCUAGCUUUCCAUUAGCCAACUCUGGUGGCGUCAGACCCUCCAUUAUGGGAUCUGAAGUCAUUGAUUCACCUUCCAGUUGGAUGAAAGGACAAAACAAUCAAGUCGAUCUAGUUUCAUACCAGAACAGAGGUGAUCUGAAGGAGUCUGCCUUUCUGGACUCUAGACCCUCUAAGGUCAGGAAAACAUUGUUUGAUCUUCAAAUUCCAGCUGAUGAAUACAUUGUUACAGAAGAAGAGGAACAGUUUCGAGACAUUAAGAUGUCUGAUACUUCAGUUUAUCCACUAGAAGGAAACCACAGACUUGCAUUGGGAAGUAGUAUAAAUAAAUAUCCUGGUGGUGGGAAGACCAAUGACAUAAGAGAUACUUCAUCUGGUUCAUGUAUAAAGAGAUCUCAUCUCUUGGCUGAUCUAAAUGAGCCAAUUCAGGCCGAGGAAGGCAAUUCUCCGAAAUCUGUUAAAUUUUCUGGUCGUUCUGUGUGCCAUGAGAAUACUAGAGGCCUGGAUAUGUCUGCUAAACCAAAGUCACAAUUUGUGGAUUUAACCCAAGAUUUUUUCCAGAAGUCUCAGUGCGGAAGUAGUAAUGGGAAUGUUAGCAAUUUAUCUGAAACAAAUAAAGGGGCCAGGAGAGGUUGGUUAUCUUAUAUGUAUGAAGGAGGGAACUGUGGAAUUGAUGCCAAUUGUAUUCCUAAAUUUCACCAAUCAGAUAAGUUGCCUUCAACUUCCCAGCAAACAUCAUUUAUUGUUGGCAAGUCUAAACAAUAUCAGGGAAUUCUUCCACCUGAUUCCAGGAUGGACGGACCAUGGACAGAGAGAAAUCGUGGUAAUGAGUUUUCUAACAGAAGUCACGACCAUUCUAUCUACAACCAGCCAGAUUCAGUUGCGACUUCCCAUGUUUCCAAUCCCUACCCUUGGUAUAAUUCCUCGGAUGCAGCCAAUUCUUGGUCUCGCACCGUCACAUCUUGGGGAAAACCUAAUCCUAGUUUGACGCAGAAAUUGACGUCGUUGCACUCAAGGCCGUCUGUUGUAUUAUCUGAAAACUCGAGUAGGGAAAUAAACGUUGGCCCUAGCUUGAAUACAGUAUUUGGGAGCAAACUUCCUGUUCAGAAUGGAUUUUGCCAAGGCUCUUCAUUGGUUUCCAAGGAACCUUCAGCAACUUUAUCCUCAUUUGGUUAUAAUAAUAAUAACAAUAAUCUGAAACGUGAUGAGAUUGAUAUUGCAGCAUCAAGCCACUUAACAAGCCAUGCUUCUAAAAACAUCUUUAAGGGCUUGAAUGUGGUGGAUUCAAAGUCUGGAAAGGAUUUGGACUUGAAUGUGGUUCUUUCAUGUGAUUCAUUGAACGAGGAACCCCUACCUCAAGAUAUUGAGAUUGUUGAUGGAAAAAGGAAGGAUAAAUACCAUUCUACAGCUGUGUCAUGGUUGAGAGAGAAGCCAGUGUAUGAUGAUGUAUCCCCUAUAACAAGGAAAGACUUUGAAUCGGGUUUGUUGCAGCCUUCGCGUGAUCUGUUGCUUAUAGGGGAAACUGUAAAAGACCCUAAUCCUCUACCUAUUCAGAAUGUUUCCGCUGUUUUAAGUAGUUGUGAUGUUAGGGUGAAGAGGGAGUCGGACUGUUUAAGCAAUGGGAAAUUACUUGGAUUUCCCAUAUUUGGAAAAAUUGGCAUCUCAAAAAAUGACUCUGCAUCUACAUCUGCAUCAAUUCAAAGUUAUCACCCCGAUGGCAUAAACACAAAAAAUAAAGGGAAACAUAGAGGGUUUGAUAUGAAUGUAGCUUGUGAUUCAAUGGAUACUGAGUUUGAUAAACCUAUUGUAGCAGAAGCUAUUUCAGCCGAGAAGCUAAUGGAUACAAAAUGCAACAACUUUAGAAACAUUGAUUUGAACUCCUGUGUUAGUGAGGAUGAAGAUAUAUUAGACUCUUCUGUUGCAAGCACCAGUGGGAAGAAGAUUGCAUUUGAGAUAGAUCUGGAAGCGCCUGUUGUUCUGGAGGCAGUGGAGGCUCUUUCACCUACAAAAGAACAAAAACAACACGAGGUGUCCUUGCAAUCACCUGAGGAAACUGAGAAGCAACAAGAUGAAGUAGUUAGAAGUGCAGCAGAGGCAAUACUUGCCAUUUCUUAUAGUCAGGUUCCUUGUAUGGAUCCUUCCGAAUUGCCAGAUCCCCUCAAAUGGUUUGCAGAUGUAAUUUCUGCUUCAGCAGACGAAGUUGAGAUGAGGCCUCAAAAAGAUUCUGAAGGCAGAAACGGUAGAGAAACUGAGACGCCAAGGGAGUUGGAUGAAUACGAGGCCAUGACAUUGCAACUGACAGAGACUCCGGAAGAAGACUACAUGCCUGAGCCCUUUGUACCUGAAAUCCUCAACUUGGAAGAUGUAGGCACCGCUUUGUUACCGGGGCGACCCCGAAGAGGCCCGGCAAGGAGAGGGAGGAUGAGAAAGGACUUCCAGAGGGAUAUCCUUCCAGGCCUCGUUUCUUUGUCAAGGCACGAGGUUACAGAAGAUCUUCAGACAUUUGGAGGACUGAUGAGAGCUACUGGUCAUCAAUGGAAUGGAGGAAUGACAAGAAGGAACGGCACCAGAAGCGGUGCUGCAAGAGGAAGGAGACGGUGCGCGGUUGAGCCCCCCCCUGCCAUGGUAGUAGCUCCAGUCUGCAGUCCACCAAUGCAGAACUUUAAUAGUAUCCAGUUGGGAGUAGAGGAUAGAAGCUUAGCUGGGUGGGGAAAGACAACUAGACGUGCUCGUGGACAAAGAACUGCUGCAGGUAAUAAUCUUGCUGUUCCAAUUACAUAAAUUUGAGUUUAGGUCCUAAUAAAUUUAUGACCAUAAUCUUUAUAGAGGAAUUUUAGUUAUAUAGGGAGCUGAUUUUUGGUAUGAUUUUUCAGAGUGAUUUUUUUCUGGCUUUGCCAUUUGUAAAUGUCUUUGCACUCAUAAUUUGGGCGAUCCCAAUAGAGUACAUUGUUUGUCCUUCGAUGUAUGAUUUGUAUAACCGGGUUUUAUGGAAGUAUGAAACUGAUGUUCUAUUGGAUA